GAGCAUCUUUGAAACUGUGAAUGAAAUUCUGAAUUUCUCCGUAAGUUCGGCCGUUCGAUUUAUUUUAAUAAAAUAUGAUCUUUAAUAUUUAGAUCUCAUUGCUGAAUAACUUUUAAAUAUGGACUUCGACUGGACUAAUUAUUUAGAAGCGAAUAAAUCUACGGCUGUUCCUGAAGAAUUGUUUUCACAUGUUGAAUCCAGUCUUAACAAUGGAAUCAAACAGGGUAUGCUUCUUGAAGUCUGCCACAAAAACAAUCCAGAUGUCUACUGGAUAGCGGAGAUCACAAUGGUUUGUGGUCAUCUCUUGAGAAUUAAGUUUUUGGGCGCAGACACUGAUUUCUGGUGUGACAUUUCCAAUACUAAAGUUCAUCCAUUAGGAUGGUGUGGAAAGUAUGAUGAGCUUAUCGAACCACCUGAUGAAAUUAAUGCUCAAUAUGGAGAUUCUAUUAUAGAUAUUAUGAAGAAAGCUCUAUUGGACGGCCAGUCUGUAUCUAUUGAAGCUUUGAAUAACAAGGGUCUGUCACCAAUUGACAGAAUCAAAGCAGGGAUGAAGGUAGAGGUGCAGAAUACUUUAGACCCAUACAAAUACUGGAUUGCUACUGUUAAAGAAAACAUUGGUGGCAGGCUGAUGUUACAUUAUGAUGGCUCUGAUGAAGAUUUGCCACAAUUUUGGAUUUUUUUUUCCAAUCCUCGGUUGUGUAGCUUUGGAUAUGUUACAAACAAGGGUUCACCAUGGCAGUUUAAAUAUCCAAAUAAGAUCAAUAAAUUUUCAUGCAAAAAUAAGCUUAGUACUCAACUGCGACAAUGCGCCGAGGAAUCUAUCAAAGAACCAACUCCUUCAGAUCUAUUCCAGCCUAUACCUAGUUUAGAAGUACACAAUUUCAUCACAGGUAUGAAAGUUGAAGCUUUAAAUCCUCACGACAUGAAAACAAUACGACCGGCAACAGUAACAAAAGUUUUCAAUAACUUCCACUUUUUAGUGGUCAUAGAUGAUCAUCUAGAGGAUUAUGAGGACACAAAAAUGGCUUGGCUUUGCGAUUCUAUGCAUCCAUAUAUCUUUCCUAUAGGGUGGGCAGAAAAGAAUUCAAUCAGUUUUAAAGUCCCAAAGAUAUGGAAAGAAGGGUCAUUUGAUUGGGAUGAAUAUCUCUCCAUGACGUCAUCAGUACCAGCACCUGAAUACUGUUUUGGGAAUAAAGAGCCCUUGAAAGGUUUCGAAGUUAAUAUGAAAUUGGAAGCUGUGAAUCCACAGAAUCACGAAGAAAUACAUGUCGCUUCUGUACACUCUGUGGUAGAGCACAUGGUGUGUGUGGAACUCUUACCUAUAGGAGAAAAGUUUUGGUACGCUCAAAAUAGCGACUUACUUUUGCCGGUCGGUUGGUGCGAUAGUAACAACUAUGCCUUACAUAUCCCCGAUAUGUCAAAUGUUAAUAAAGAAUCUCCCAAACCCAUUGAAGAGAGCCGGAACAUAAAAGAAGAUAAGAUGUCACAAGAGGAGUGGUGUGACAGGAUCUUUUUCAAUUACAAAUGCUAUUCAGGACCAUCGAUUAGUAGAAAUAAACUAUCUCAACUUCCUAAGCAUGUCGGCCCAGGACCAUUAUCUUUAGUGUUGAAAGAAGUACUCAAUAAAAUAAUAUCUGCAUCAUAUAAACCAGCCAAAUUGCUAAAAGAUUGGGAGAGCGAAGGUCCACCUGGGGAAGGGAUGCGGCUGGAAAUGUUAAGAGCAAAAUUAAAGACGAGCACGUAUCACGCGUACGUGCCGGUGGCGACUAGCGCGUCGCAAGUCGCGUGCUUCUGCCGCAGCGUGUGCGGUAAACUACAGGCGUGUCCGAGCCUCUUCGGCCCAACAGAGUUCCCUGAACAAUGCCCAAAUAACUGCCAACAAGUUGAAAAGUCCACCUUCCAUAAUUUGACAGAACGUCGUGGGAGACCAAAAGGUAGUCUUAACGCGAAAAGGAAGAAGAAAAAGACCACUCCGGAAAAACGCGAAAAAGAGCCGCAACCUUCUCAAGAAACCGAGAGCAACAAAGAUGAGUCUGUGAGUGAACAUAGUGCUGGUUCGACACCCCCGUCUGAAUCGGGCACUCGACCAAAUUCGCCUGACAGUGCUCUGGAGUACAAAAGAACCCAAAAAAAGAAACGAGAACCUAAAAACGUCUAUCCCAAAUUGGAAAUGAAGACCAGAGGAGCAAAGUUACCGAACUUUGCACUUCAAAUGAAAGAAGCUCAUUGGGACAGAAAAGAUGUACAGACUAUAUACAAUAAUAGCUGUGCUACAAGGAAGCGUCCUCCACCCGACAGUGACUCCGAAAACGGAACUAAUGAAAGCAGUUCUAAUUCUAGAGAUGCCAAAAAUAUAUCAGAUGUUUCAGAUUCCGAAGAACCUGAGCUGAAGAAACUCAAAUUCACGCAAAACGAUCCCUUACCCUCAGAUAACAAACAUUUUGAAAAAGAUUUUGCUAUGACCUGGACCAAAGAUAAGCUUAAACUAUCUCCAAAUCCUUUGGAAUGGUCGGUAGAUGAUGUGUAUACUUACUUAAAGAGCACAGAUGAUUGUAAUCUGGUAGCAGAGAAGAUGAAGCAGGAAGAAAUUGAUGGUGAGGCUUUUAUAAUGCUCGAUUUGCAAACAAUUAGAGAUUUCCUUCAUAUGAAAAAGGAGUUUGCAGUUCAGCUUUGUAAACACAUUACUAGAAUUAAAUGGUAUUAUAUAGUUAAUUUUGAAGAUAAUGUUUCAACGUGAUAAUUUGUUCCUGUAUUUUAUUAAGUAUGUUUUUCUAGUCCACAAUAAAACAUAUGAUAUUU